AUGGCGGGCGGCUCGGCGAAGUUUUUGCCCCUCGCUCUGCGCUUCCUCGAGUGCUGCUUCUGCUCCGCAACAUUCGCCAUCCUGUGCUAUCUCAACUUCUCUUGGAAGAGCAUCAACGUCACGGCAUUCCUGUUCGGAACGGGCGUCACGGGCCUCAUCCUCUCAUUCAUCCUCAUGCUCGUGCACGCCGCCAACGUCGCCGGCGUCAAGCUCGACUCGCUCGGCUCGCAGCUCUUCGGAAGCUUCAGUCCUUUGGAUUCCCACCCCCUCCCCCACCCACCUCCUACCUCCCACCCCCACCCUCCCCCACCCACCUCCUACCUCCCACCCCCACCCUCCCCCACCCCCACGGCAGAUGAUGAUGAUGCUGCUGUUCGCCGCGUCGUGCGCGUCCGCGUCCUUCACGUCGCGCAUGUGCGGCUCGUACUCCACCAACUUCCUCCUCGGAUACAUGUACGUUUGUGCGUGGGGGGAGGGGGGAAAGGGGUGUGGGUGCGCGCGUGGCUGUGCGGGUGUGGGUGCGCAUGUGCAGCUCCUACUCCACCAACUUCCUCCUCGGCUACAUUCCAAGUGGUGCUGCGUGCGCACGGAGAUCGUGAUCCCUUCUCCCGCCCCUCCCCCCUUCGCACCCCCGCUUUUCCCCAACUCUCUCCCCCCCCUUCCUUCUUCUCCCCUCGCCUCCGCCCCCGUCGCUCCGGCCAUCCGCCAGUCCAAGUGUCCAAGUGGUGCUGCGUGCGCGCGGAGGACGACGCGACCAUCUACCGAAAGAAGGUCAUGAUGAACGUCACGGGGGGCGUGGCGCCGGGCAAUCUCCUUGCCAUCAUGGGUCCUGAAGGGUCAGGCAAGUCGCUGCUGCUGCACAUGCUGGCGGGGCGGCUGGAGGGCGACGCCAACUUCCGCGGCAGCAUAGAGUACAGCGGCGAGCCGUUUGGGGCCACGCUGAGGCGCGAGAUUGGGUUCGUGGAGAACGACGUCGACCUGCAGGCCAAUCUGACGGUAAAGGAGACGCUCAUGUUCGCGGCCAUGCUGCGGCUGCCUGAGGGCACGGAGGAGAUCGACCAGAUCGUGCGAGUGGAGCAUGUGCUUGACUCGCUGGAGCUCACUCACUGUGCGGACAAGGUGAUAGGGCGCACGGGGCGCAAUGCAGUGCUGUACAACGAGCUCAGGCGACUGGCCAUUGGGGUGCAAAUGAUCGUCAACCCACCGCUGCUGCUGCUCGAUGAACCAACUUCGGGUCUCGAUGGUGCCAUGGCUCUCCGCAUAACCAGAGCUCUGCACUCAUAUGCGCUAGCAGGCAGAUCAGUGGUAGCAACAAUGAAGCAGCCGUCCUCCAAGAUGUUCUCUCUCUUCACGCACCUCCUCCUCAUCACCGACGGAAACCCCAUCUUCUUCGGCGCGGCUGAUGCCGCUCUCCCCUACUUCGACUCCAUCGGCUACACCAUGGCCCCGGACACCAGCGCUGCCGAGUUCUUCCUCGACCUGACGGCCCCCGAAGCAGCGGACGCAUCGAUUCAUUUCGGCACGUCCACCAACCUCAUCCGCCUGUGGGCCACCGGUGACGCCGCCAGGGAGAUAGAGCGAGCCGCCAUGCCCUCUGCUGCUGCUGCCUCUGCUAAGAGACGCAAGGGGAAAGACGCUGGGAAUGGGGAUGUUGAGGAAGGGGAGGGAGCAGGAGGGGGAGCGGGGACAGGAGGGGGAGAGGAAGGGGGUGUGGGAACUCGCGUGCGUGUAUAA